AUGGAGGAGGAAGAGACUCUAUCUGAUGAGUUUGAGAUUAAAAAUCUUCAAGAACAACAAAAUUCUUUAGUAAUUGCGGAUGAGAGUUCUCAAGACAACAUUAUUUCAGAGGAUUUUAAUAAUACGAAUUUGGAAAAGGAACAUACGCAAAUCAACAAUGGAUUAAAUCAAAUGGAUCAACCCACAACUUCUAUUCGGAACGAAGAAGGAAAUGCUACAACAUCUAUAGAUAUAAUUGGUUGUGCACCUCUCCAAACAUUAGCUAGUGGACUAGCAUUUGCCAGAAUUGCUGACCUUUCUGUUCAAAAAGAUGAACAUGUUCUUCGAUGUCAUGGCUUCAAAUCUAUUUUUAUUCCAUGUGAAAGACUUGAAACUGUUUAUCAAAGAGAUAGAAAAUAUAUACAAUUGAGGCAAAUAAAAGAAGUAAAGGAAAAAAAGGUGGCAAAAAAAGAACGAAGACGAAAAAAUAAGGAAGCUUAUCGAGAUGAUUCUGAUAGAGAUGAGCGGGAGAAGAAAAAGCGUAAAAAAGAAAAACAUUCUUCUGACCAGAAAAGAAAAUAUUCUCCUCCAAAUAUUUAUGCCGGGAGAGAUGAAGUGGCUAGAAGUCUACAAAAACAUAAUUUUGCGGCAAUUGUUCAGUGUUGUGUUUGUGAGUCGGUAGUUGACAAAGAAAGGUUUGGCGGUCGGGAUACUUUGUUUUGUUCACAGAAAUGUAUUUCUAAAAAGGCAGAAGAUGCAAGAAAGUGUGUAAAAGAAGGUGAACGCAUUCUUGUUAUCGACCACAAAGGAGCAAUGAUGAACCACAGCCAUUUAAAUCCAACAAUUGAAACUUUGGAAGAUUUUCUUCUUGCAAAUCCUUCUUAUCAACCAGUUUUAGCUUCCGAACAAAUUGUCGAGACAAAUCAUCGUCUACACGAUCCUGCAUAUCAAAAGAAAAUAGAAUCAAUGAGAGUUGAUGUAAGAAAAGCUAUUGAAACCAAUCUUCAGAAAAGAUCAAAAUCGGCAAAUAUGAUUUUCUCACUUAAACGUUACAAAGAUUUGGGUAUGGAAAUUGAACGUUCACUUUUUUCGAUUCAUCAAGAUGUUAAUUUGGGAUAUCGCAAAUGGUUCAAAAGCUUCAUUACUGUUGUUAACGAUGAGAUGAAUGGUUUCUUCCGCGAUGUUCUCAGAGAUAAAGUUUCAGUCAAAAAAUUGGUAACACUGUCGAUUGAUCAGAUGAGUGUACCAUUGCCUCAGAAUGAAGCGAAUACUUUAUUUUUUGCUGGUCAUGCUCCUUCAACGUCUAGUAAUUUUAUAGUUGCGGCUGCCGAUUCAACAUCAAUCUCUGAAACACCUGAAGAGAAUGUUUAUAAUGAACCAUGUACUUCUGUUAGCAAGACUACUCAAAUUCGCAAAAAAAUUAUCACAACAGCAAGUCGACACAAUAUGGUUAAAAAAGCACCGUUACAGGCAAAGUCCACACUUGAUGACAUUUUGGGUGAUUUGAAUAAAGAUACAACACAUCUACACAAUAGUCACUUAUACGAUGCAAACUGUGGUAUAUGUAAACAAAUGAAUUUGAAGAAAUUUGCUGAAAAAGAAAGACAGGAACGUUUAGAAGCAGAGCUUGAACAAAGAAGAAGGGCUGAAGAAGUAAUUAGUGGACAAGUAAAUUUCCCUGAUUUGGAUCCUUCAAUCCAAGCUGCAAUGUUGGAAGUUAGGGCUGAUGAAACAGCCUCGAAUGGAUGGGAUAUUCUGAAGCAAAGGAGAAGUGGACAAUUUGAUAUGUUGGAAUGCUCUGCCUCAUCACCAACUAUUAAUAACGAUAACAACAACAUAUUAUUAGACGGAGAUGUAAUUUUUGGUCGUUGCGAUAACCCAUUCGAUCAGGAACGUCAUCUACGUGACCCUUUAGGCCUAGAAUUAGUUGACGCACUUCCUCCAGAACAAAUUUGUGAAAAUAAUCAUGAAGAUGACAAUAUGUCUUUCGAAGGAGGGGAGAAUGAUUAUGGAAAUGAUGAUGCUUUCAAUGGCGGUUUUAAUAAUUAUGCCCCUGAAAUAUCAUCACAAUUGGCCCCUGAAGUGCAAGAUACAAACGUUGAUUUUCGUUCAACUCAAAAUGAUUACCACCAAUUCAAUCAAAGUGAAAAGCCGAGAGAAGAUGAAGUUUCAUGCAUUUCUCCAUUUGAACAGAUAAACAAUAAUAUAGAAAUGACAAUUGAAAAUAAUGAGAAUUGGAAUUCCUUUAAUGGAUCAAUGCUUCAUCCUAUUAAUGGUCAAAUGAUAAUUGACGAGCAAGAAUUCAAUCGAGGAAAAAGGUUCAACAAUCAAAUCUGGAAAGGGAAAUUUAUUUGGACUAACUUGGCCUCUUUCGAUUGUACUUUAUCUGCAAUCAGCAAUAAAGGGGCUUUCAAAGUUGGUCGUGAAUUACCUCCAGUUCUCCAUGUAAUGGGUCGAUCAGAAGCUAUUGGUGUUUGGAAAUAUAUCGAUCGGUUAAAAGACAAUUAUCAGUAUGAGUUUUAUACGCGUUUUUACGAAAAAGUCAAUUAUGACAACAAACAAAUUAUUGUUUUGGAUUUAACUGGCCAUGACCGAAUAAAGGAUGGAUAUAUUUUUACUCUUGCACCUGGGAAGCCGUUACCAAGUAUUCUUUUUCCUUUUGAUGGACCUGGGUUGCCGGAAUGGUGUGGACGUAGAGGUUGCAUGAUUAUUAUGCUUGUUCGUCGAAUGGAUCGUGAGGAUAAACUCCUGCUUAAACGACUAGAUGAAAAUUGUCGUCCACCUACAUUACAACCUCGCAAUAUCCCAACAGAACGUGUUGAUUUACUUUCUUCGCCUGCUGAACGUCAACAACAAUCACGUUUACUCGAUCCCAGGUUAGACAAAAAUUUGACUCGUCAUUCGAAAUGUUAUCGCCCGCAUCAUUUAUUCCGUGAAAUGCCCCAUUUAUUUGAUGAUAUAAUUGCCCAAUUUAGUAGUGGGGAUGAGGAAGGGCUGGAGGAAGGAGAAUUAUUGCAAUAA